CGAAUUCAUUAUGACUUUUAAUAAACUUCUUUUGGAUGGAAAACGUGCAAUUAAUGGCUCAUCUAAAGAAAUGAUUAAACAUGGAAUUUUAUUGUUGGAACGGGCGCUUCUCAUUGGUUCCGAGGAUCAACAAAUAAUUGCGGAUAUCAAUCUUCAAUUAGGAAAUGCUUACUUUUCUCUUCAUGAUUUUGAACAAGCGAAGAAUUUCUUCAUAAGUGAUUUGACUACUUCCAAGCAAUCAAAAAAUGAAGAGAAAGAGGCCGAAGCAUAUUCUAAUUUAUCUGUAGCUUACGCAAUGCUCCUUGACUUUGAUAGUUCAAUUUUUUGUGCUGGACGAGCUAUUAUUCUAGGAGCAAGAUUAAAUGAUGAUAUUCUCAAAGGCCGUGGAUAUUAUAAUUGUGGCUUUGCCUAUUUACAAGAUGCAUUGACUUGUUCUGAAGUUGACAACUCGGAUGCAAAUGCUCAUUUGUAUAAUCAAUAUAUUACAGAGCAACUUCAAAAAUCUGUUUUUUCUUUCAAAGAAUAUUUGUCAAUUAUGGAAAGACAGCAAGAUAAAAAAAUUAGUGGCCUUGCUCUUGGAAAUCUUGCGAAUGCUUAUUUUUGCUUGUCUGAAUAUAAUAAGUCAAUUGAUUGCCUUGAAAAGAGAUUAGCAAUAGCUCGUGAAUUGGAUGAUAAGUCAGCUAUUGGUAUGACUUUGAUAAACAUUGCAAAAGCUUAUAGUAAGCUCGGAAAUCAUGAGCUUGCAGAGAGGAAUUUGCUUGCCGCCCAAAGAAUUUCAAAAGGACCUGACUUUCCCGAGGAUCAAAGGCCGAAAAUUGAAGUUGAAUUGGAGAAUGUGAAUAAACCUUUAGAUGAAAAAAGGACAAUUGAUGGUACUUAA